AUGUCAGAAGUAACAAACACUUCUGCAGAAAAGAUUGACAUUGUCCUUCCACAGCAAGGCUUGCUGUAUCAGGAAGAAAAUCUGGAUUACAUACUUUGUAAACCCAAGUUAAUUCCAUUAAAGUCGAUUACAUUGGAAAAGUUGGAAAGAAUGCAAAGGGAUGCUGAGUUAAAGAUCAAAGAAGCUUCGGAUGGAGAGGACAAGGCAGAAAAUAAUGAAUAG